AUGCUGCACGCUCCCACCCAGCACAGCGUGACCGCCUCGGACCUGUCGGUCCUGCAGGCCCUCACGCAGGACCAACCUCCCUCGGCUCACCUCAUCGCCGGACCAGGAGGAGGGCCGCCUCGCCCGCACGCCUCGACCUCGCGCCAGCCCAGUCGCACCGACCGCCGCCCACCCGUCGACCCGCUCAUGAUCGCCGCCGCCGCGAGCGCAGGUCCUCAAGUGACCCGCAACCACUACUUCCACACCUUCUUCCCGCAAAACCUAGCCUAUGCCCCCUGCGACGACGAGCGCCUGUCGGCCGCCGCGACAAUGGCCCAGCGCCCCAAGAUGGAGUCGCGUCAGGCGCCCCGCACCAUCCGCCUCCAGGUCGAGGACGAGGACCGGCGGCGGCGCGAGCGCUCCGAGCGACACCGAGACGAGCAGGCGGCUAAGGAGCGCACCGCGCACGACGCCGCCGUCGCCGACAAGCCGCAGGCCGUCGCCGUCCCGACCCGCAACGGCGGGUUCGACUUCCACGACGACGGCCGGCUCGACUCGAAGCACGCGCACGACACGCGCAGGAGCGAGUCGGCCCCGUCGGCGCAGGUCCACCACCUCAAGGACGACGCCCUCGUCGAGCUUCUGCGGCAACCGUCGACCCCGCCUCUCCUCGAGCGCCCCCUCACCGAGGUCCCCUUCCCUACCUCGGGCGCCGAGUCCGCCGUCAAGCCCGAGUCGCCCUUGUUCCCGCCGUCGACCUCGACCGCCGCCGCCACGGCGUCGCCAGCCGAGCACGGCGACCUCCCACCGCUCGAGGUGCAGUGCCGCGUGCGCACCCGCAUCCCGACCCCGCACGGCCACAUCUUCCUCCACCUGUACACCAACAACCACGACAACAAGGAGCACCUCGCCUUUGUCGCCGACCACGCCCAAAUGGCCUCGACGUCGCUCACGACCAACGCCGUCGAGGGCACGCCCAUCGUCGCCGAGACGGGCGAGCGCCGCCUGCUGCCGUUCAUCCGCUCGCGCACGCUCGACGCCAAGUGGCACGACGGCGAGACGGACGAGGAGCGCAUCGUGCGCGGCGCCUAUGUCGGUCGCCUGAGCGCGACCUCGCACGUCGCGUCGCUCGCCAACCCGCACUCGCUCGACCCGGCGAGCUCGUCGACGCACCCUCCUCACGGCCACCACCAUCACCACCACCACCACCACAACGACCAGUGCCGCCACGCCCACCCCUCCUCGUCUGCACCACCCCUCGCGCCCACCGAGCCGCCUCUCGUCCGCAUCCACUCCGAGUGCUUCACGGGCGAGACGAUCGGCUCGCAGCGGUGCGACUGCGGCGAGCAGCUCGACGAGGCGUUCCGCCUGAUCACGAUGGCCGGCCGAGGCGUCGUCGUCUACCUGCGGCAGGAGGGCCGCGGCAUCGGGCUCCUCGAGAAGAUGCGCGCCUAUAACCUGCAGGACCUCGGGCACGACACGGUCACGGCCAACCUUAUGCUCGGCCACGGCGCCGACAUGCGCACGUACGGCAUCGCCGGCGCCAUCCUGCGCGACCUCGGCGUCGCCAACAGCGGCGUCCGCCUCCUCACCAACAACCCGGACAAGAUCCGCCAGAUCGAGGGCGAGGGCGUCAGCGUCGUCGAGCGCGUCGCCAUGGUGCCUCGCAGCUGGCUCAUCGCCGAGGAGGAGGCGGCGGCAGCGGCGAGGCGCUCGGCGCGCAAGGGUUCGGCGGGCAGCGGCGGCGGCAGCACCCGCAAGACGGGCGCCCGAGGGCGCAAGAACGGCGCCUCGCGAGCGUCGCACGGGCUCCUCGGCAGCUCGGUCGCGUCGCUCGCGCCGUCCGAGGGCUCGUUCCGCCCGAGCUACUCGCGCUCGGCCUCGGCCGCGUCGUCGGCCGCGCCCUCGGGCCUGUCAACCCGCGCCGCCUCGGACGGCGACGAGGAGGCGCCGUACGGCUCGGACGACGGCGACGACGACGACGUCGACUCGGACGGCGGCUCGUCGACCUCGGACGCGCACACCGACUCGUCCUUGGCGUACCACCUUCGUCGAGCAGGCGUCGGCAUGAUCGGCGCAUCGACGACGAGCAGCCCCGAGCUCGACAAGUACCUCAAGACCAAGAUUGAGCGCAUGGGCCACAUGCUCACGGCGCCCGAGCAGCAGGCGGUCCGCAACCGGGUCAUGGGCGGCGGCGGCGGCGGCGCGGGAGCGAGCGCGCACCCGCUCAGCGAGAGCACGUCGGCGCUCCCUGCGCGCGAGGAGGGCGACGAGGAGCAGGCAUAGAUGGCGGCGGUUCGAGCAUUAUCUUGCGCAGCUUGACUUGUACAGUAGAGAUCAAGAGCGGCAACGAGCAGUUCCACUUUC